UCCCCCUGGAAGGGAGGCGAGGAGGGAGCAGCAGGCAUGAGUGGAACGUGCGUGGGGGAGGGGGAAGCAGGAGGUCGAAAUGGCGGCUCGUGCUACCUGAGGAGAAGGACACAGCGGGGGAAGAGGAAAGCGGGUGGCUACAGGGGAAGGAAGCAACAGGGCAGAGACUCGUAAAUGGGUGCGGAAGGCCAGGUCUAGGGGAGAGGAGAGGAGAGGAGAGGCGGAGCGCGGCCGUUGCUUCCCCACCCUGGAGGAAGAGCCACGUCCUACCGCUCCUUUAGCUUUCCAGGCCACACUCAAGAUGGCGGCCAGACGCAGUUAGGACGCACGCUAACGCCCCGCCCACUCCCUCUCUGAUUGGCUGUCGCCGCCAGCAAUCUGCAACGCCACCCAAUCAGCCUUUUUGUUUGGCUGCUCCCCGAAAACGUGCGGCCUAGCACUGCUACGGCGUAGAGAAGAGCCUGGCGCCGCUAGCCGAGGGGUCCCGGCCGGGGGCGGGUUGGCCAGCAUGAGCCGGCUGGGCCCUUUCCUGGUUGCGCCGCGCCUGCUCCGCCGGCCCUGGGUCCUGCCGAGGCGGCCUAGCGGCGUCUCCAUAGUGACGGGACCCUGCGCGGGCCUAGCGGGGUCAGGCGCCGCCGCCUCCCUGUGCUCGGGCCCAGCGGCUCCGAGCCUGGCCAUGGAGGAGCUGCUGAGCCGCUCCGUGCCCCCGCUGCCCCCCUACGAGACGCGGGAGAAGGCGCCGCCGCCGGCCGAGCUCCGCAGCGCGGAGUUCAUGCGCUCCUACCGGGCCCUGGAGGCCGGGCCCCCGCGGGCGGAGCUGCUGGCCCGCCUGGCCCGGGACUUCGGCGUGGACCACGGACGGGUGGCCGAGUUCAGCGCCAAGGUGCUGCAGGCUCGGGAGCAGCAGAGGGAGCCGGGCGCCCUGCUCCAGGCCGAGGACCGGCUCCGUUACUACCUCAGCCCCCGCUACCGGGGCCUCUUCCAGCACCUGGGCCGGCUGGAGGGCGGGCUCCGCUUCCUGAUGGAGCUCAGGGGCGACCUGGUGGAGGCGCUGGCGGCGCGGCAUGCGGAGGGGCCGCACGUCAGGGAAAUGAAUGGCAUGCUAAAGAGCAUGCUUUCAGAAUGGUUUUCUACCGGAUUCCUAAACCUGGAACGAGUCACCUGGCAGUCACCUUGUGAAGUGCUUCAAAAGAUUAGUGAUUCUGAAGCAGUGCAUCCUGUCAGAAAUUGGAUUGAUAUGAAGCGUCGAGUUGGGUCAUAUAGAAGGUGCUACUUUUUUGCCCACUGUGCAAUCCCCGGGGAACCAUUGAUAGUCUUGCAUGUAGCACUAACCAAUGAAAUCUCCAGCAGCAUCCAGGCCAUAGUGAAAGAGGUUCCCCCUCUAGAAACAGAAGAUAUGAACAAAAUUACUACAGCCAUUUUCUAUUCAAUCAGUUUGACGCAGCAGGGACUUCAGGGUGUAGAACUGGGGACUCACCUCAUCAAACGAGUUGUUAAAGAAUUACAGGGGGAAUUUCCUCAGAUCAAAGUGUUUUCUAGUUUGUCACCUAUCCCAGGAUUCACCAAGUGGCUCAUUGGACUUCUGUCCUCACAAACAAAGGAACAGGGGAGAAAUGAACUAUUUACAGAUGCAGAAUGCAAAGAAAUCUCUGAGAUCACAGGUGACCCUGCUGCUGAAAAGCUAAAGAGGCUCUUAACUAACAACGAAUGGGUGAGAUCAGAAAAAUUGGUCAAAGCAUUGCAUUCACCAUUUAUGAGGCUCUGUGCUUGGUACCUGUAUGGAGAGAAACACCGUGGAUAUGCCCUUAAUCCAGUAGCAAACUUUCAUCUUCAGAAUGGUGCUGUGCUGUGGCGGUUAAACUGGAUGGCAGACACAAGCCCCCGUGGGAUCACUGCUUCAUGUGGCAUGAUGGUAAACUAUCGGUAUUUCUUAGAGGACACAGCCAGUAUCAGUGCAGGAUACCUUGGGACAAAGCACAUCAAAGCCUCAGAACAGGUUCUUUCCUUGGUGUCUCAAUUUCAACAAAAUAGCAAACUUUAAAUAUACAGCAAGAUUUUAAGAGCAAACAUUUCUCAUUUGAAUGAAGGGGUAUGAUAUUUUGGGGUGUCCUUAUUGAAAAGGGAAUGUUUGUAAUAAAAAAGUGAGCUCUGUUCUUAGUCACAGCAGGAUGAAAAAUUACAUAGUCUGCCAAAAUUACUAUACCUUUCUUUACUUGCACUGCCAGAUACUCAAAGCCUGGUUGAAUUAUUGCCAUACUUUAUGUUCAGAUGAGCUGGAAGUGUGUAUUAAAGGCUGUGUAAACUCAUCUUAGUAAGGUUACAAGACAGUGGUAACUUGUGUGGACUGUUCUCUGCCCCUGUUGUCGUUCUCGGGAUCAGUAUAGUUGUUUAAGGUACAUCUUUAAAAGCAUAGAGGAACUCCUUAGUAUGCUAAUAUAUUAAAUAGAUAAAUAUCCAAAUAACUAGAUAAAAGCAAUAGGCAAAGACAAAUUUUUGUUCAAAUUUGUAUAAGCAGAGGAGCAAUCUGCAGCAUUUCUUCACUAAGGUCUUCAUCACCUUUAUUCCUGACAUUUUUUGGUAAAACCUCUUCAUUUGGCCAUUCUUUUGCUCUUUCAAAGUACAGUACAAAGUGCCAACACUGAAUCAUUGCUCUGAUCGAGCAACAAGAUACCUUGUAUUUCUGUGGGUUUUUCUCAAGGCAGUAGGUAUGUGUAACAGUGUAUCUGCAGAUUGCUAUAGCUCAAAUUUACAGUUUAAUAAGUAAAAUCAGUGGUUCUGAAUAAGAGAAGAGAGUUUGUUGCUUAUAGGACUUAAUUAUGAAGCUUUUGGGUAUAUAUUAAAUCUCCAUAAAUUAUAUUGGGCAUUUUAGAAGUUGGUAAGAAGCUUUUUUUAAUAGUAAAAAGCCAGGUUUGGUCUGUAAAGCAAUAAAUUAAAAUAAAAUAAGUCUUGCCCUAUAAACGUUA